CCCGGACGUUUGAAAAGAUUUAGAUGAGACAAGUCGCUUCCUACCUUUGUACCGACUUGGCCUCGCCCUCCCGCCCGGCCGAGAAUGCAAUCUCCACUCGGCGGCGCUCUACCGGGGGUUACCUCGAGGGUCAGGAGGCAGAAAAGCAGGACGCCUGUCCAAGCAACUCCAGAUAAAUCCGCACACAGUCUCUCCAGGGAAGACAUUGCAAAGUUCAUCAACAGUCGAAAACAGAACAUCUGCGUGGGACUGCUCCAGCACGGCUUCCACAGGUCCUUCUCGGAGCUCUUCCUAUUACUGCGUUUGGAUCAGGAGCGAAGGGAGGCGGCGGAGAUCAACUCGGCGCUCAGUCUUCAGACGCCGCUGGAGGAGCAGCACGCCAAAGUGGAGAGCAUCGGUCUGCACCUGAGUCGCGCCGAACGUGCGCAACGGGAGGGUCAAUGGCCGGCGGCUUACGAGCAGCGUCUGCAUUUGGGCGCCUACUUCACGCGGGAGUUGGAGGACCUGUGGCUCAGCUUGCACUUCUACCACACCUGCACGGACGCGCGCGAAGACGGAUGCGGGAGGCACGCCACUGAGGGACGCGCCUGCUUGGCAGAGCUCUACUUGCAGCAAGGUCAGCUGGACAAGGCGAGGGAGCAAGCCGAGCUGUGCGUGCGCAUGGCCGACGAAGGCCGUUGGCGGGACUCGUCCGGUCGCUUCCUUCCCCGCAGAUCCCGCGAGAGCUUGUGGUCCAUCUACAGCCGGCAGGCGGACGCUCGCGUCAAGGCCGGAGACCCCUACGGGGCUCUGGAGCUCCUCCACAAAGGCUACGCCACCGCCACCGAGUCCGAAAACAAAUACAUCGAAGGAGAAGCCGCCUAUCAGCUCGGACUCGCCUAUUACAGCGUCGGAAACUACGACACGUCCGAACAGUACCUGAACACAUCCAUGCAGAUCUGCAGCACCACAGAGGAUUUUGACGGCCUGGGCAAGGCCUACAAGGCCGUGGCCAAGUUAAGCGAAAGCAAGGGGAACAUCACCGCUACCAUCCAGCUUUUGGAGACCUUAGUUGACAUCUCCCGUCGUAAGAGCCUCCAUCACCACCUGGUAGACGCGUGCCUAUGUCUGGGCCACGUCUACACUAACAAGAGGCAGUACGACCGAGCUCGAGAGAGCUUGCUCCAAGGUUACAGCGUGGCCUGCGACAUCGGAGACGUGUCUCUGGUUCAGAAGGCUCAGGUGUCUCUGGCCAGCGCUCACACUCGUUGUAUCGUCGGCAAGUACAGCGCGGACGUGGAGUCCACCGCGCCCGACGCCCUGACGCGACUGCUGACCUGGAAAGUGUCCAGAGGACUCGACGACGCCUGCGACAACUCCGGGGUCUGCGACUAUUGAUUUUGACUCGGCGUACCCGGGCCAAACCGGAGGUGCCCGGCCAGCCGUGCGCUGCGCUUUCUGUCUCUUCAUCAUCAUGCAUCUGGCGUGUCUUUUCAUCCUGCUGUAAAUUGAAAAGAGUUUUUCACUAGUAGGCGUCCGAUCCGUUUGACCUGGCAGCGAUGUCUAAAAUGGAUGGAACGUCCGUGGCGGCCGAUGAGUUAAUAAAAUGAAAAGACGCAGAAUGUCGUGUUCCUGACGUGGAAUCGGUGCAGACAAUUACAUGUUUUUCCCAAGUAUUUCGCCAAGGGCGUAGGUUUGCUCUCAAUGUUGGUAGGGACAAUAUAACCUUAUUAAUCAUAACCUUCAUGUACACAUUUUGCUGGGGACCGGACAUUAAUAAAACUAAAGCGAUUGGGUGAACGGCGGUCAGGGCUACAUUUCUCUCCAAUAAAAACAAUGAAUUGAUAGCCUUGAUGAUUAAAAGGCAACUGAAGACCUUUCCGGAUUUUGCUGUAAUUUUACGAAUAUAAACGUUGGACGAGUUCGUCAAAACAACCAUGACAUUAUCGACACGUAAUUGUAAGGAUAAUUUGCGUUUUUUUAGUUUUUUUGCACUCCGUUAAUGGUCCCUUCGCAAACCCGGAAGUGUGACGUAGAUUCCCCGAUGCAACAGAGAAGACUAUCCACAGCUAGCAUAGCAGCAACAACGAUGCCAGCGAUAUUUCCACCAAAGGUAACCAUUCAGGAUGGCUCUUUCGUGACGCUACUGAUGGCAAAGGCUCCCAGGAAAGAUGAACUACAAUUAAUCCCUACAUGUUUGAACCUGAGGCUUCGGAUAACGACGAUUUGCUUGACACAGCAGAUGUCGUCAUGACGCCAAUUGACAGCUCGACACUUCACGAACGGUAGAGUGAGCGGUAAGCCUAAAUCCAGCAUCGUGAUUUUUUUUAUUUGCGAUUACAUGGUUGUAUAUUUUUCUAUGCUCUCCACAUAGCUAAAACUGGAUAUUCGGUAAUGAGACAUGCUCCUACCGAGCUGAAUAUGGUAAAGCUAGCCCAAAUGCGGCUAAAUGAAUGAUACGUUAUUGAUUUUUCAAAAGAAAUGACAAAACGAUUUGAUUUUCCAGGUGUUGCCGUAAACCGUCAAGUAAUUACCCUUCCAAGAGAAUGCCUGUGUCGUCAGGGGAUCCCAGACGUGAGAGCCAAACUUGAGGAGGCUGAAGCACUGAAAGGGGCAUGAAUUACAUAAAAAAAAUAAAACCACAAAUUGUAAACAACAUUGACACAUUUUGUUGACUGUUUAAUGUAUUCUAUGGGUAUAUAAUAUAUAACAUUCUGAAAAAAAUUUUCAAUAGGCCACAAUAAUAAAUGAUACCAGAUUUAGGUUGAAUCGGCAUCAGCUUUCGCUGUCAGAUUGGCACACAUCAAAGAACAUACAUUUAGUAAGCAAUACAAAGUUAGGAUUGCAACGGACUGGCACAACAUUGAAAAAUGA